GUGAACCCGGGAGGCGGAGGUUGCAGUGAGCCAAGAUCGUGCCACUGCACUCCAGCCUGGGUGACAGAAUGAGACUCUGUCUCAAAAAAAAAAAAAAAAAAAAAAAAAAAAAAGUACCAGAAGAGUUGGUACCUAGAAAGAAAUUAAUCUACAGAGUGGUGAAUUAUGUUGGAUUUUAGGCACAUUAGGCCUAACCCGACACAACGUCCUCUAGGGGCCCUUACCCUUUCCAACAAAUGGCCUAGAAUUCUUUUCUGUCCAGGGGUCAGGAAAAACAAAGUUGAGAAGAAGUUUGUUAACGUUCUCUGAAUGCUUUAAAAGGGGAAAUUUGCAAGACUAAAGAAUGGAUCGGAGGGGAGGUAGGUUUGGAGGAAGAAGGGGGUGGGGCCCUGAAAAGGCUUCUAGGAGCUGCUCUGAGCUGAAAGGGGAUAAGGAUCUUCUUGGAGAACUGGGGCAUCUGAUUGGAACACCUGCGAAAGCUUAAGCGAUGAGGUUGUGCCCCUCUUGCAGUACAAGGCUGCAAAUUAUCCAAGCCAAGGGCAGAAAUCUCAAUGUCCUUGUUACUCCAUAUGGCCUUGGGAUUCUCCCAUGGCCCUCCAGUAAAGAGGUGCUAGGUCCCGGAAAGGCUGUGGCAGUGGUGGGGUUGGGGUUAAGGAUAAUCCCACUCCUUGGCCAGUGGAUGGACAGUCACCCAUGUCUCUACUGUGGACCACAGGACAGCGAAGGCACCAACCGGCAGACAAGUCCCAGCACUCUGUUUUCUACAGUGGACACUGAUGAAAUACCAGCCAAAAGACCAAGAUUAGAUUGCUUUAUUCACCAAGUGAAAAACAGUCUCUACAAUGCUGCCAGCUUAUUUGGAUUCCCAUUCCAGCUGACCACAAAGCCCAUGGUAACUUCUGCUUGUAAUGGAACACGGAAUGUGGCCCCUUCAGGAGAGGUAUUUUCGAACUCUUCAUCUUGUGAACUGACAGGUUCUGGAUCCUGGAACAACAUGCUGAAACUGGGUAAUAAAUCUCCUAAUGGAAUAAGUGACUAUCCAAAGAUCAGAGUGACAGUUACCCGAGAUCAGCCACGCAGAGUCCUGCCUUCCUUUGGUUUUACUUUGAACUCAGAAGGCUAUAAUAGAAGACCAGGUGGCCGUCGCCAUAGCAAAGGUAAUCCAGAGAGUUCUCUAAUGUGGAAACCUCAGGAACAGGCUGUAACAGAGAUGAUUUCUGAAGAGAGUGGCAAGGGUCUGAGGCGUCCCCAUUGUACUGUGGAGGAGGGUGUUCAAAAAGAGGAAAGAGAGAAGUACCGAAAGUUAUUGGAACGACUUAAAGAAAGUGGUCAUGGAAACUCUGUCUGUCCUGUAACUUCAAAUUAUCACAGUUCUCAAAGAAGUCAGAUGGACACAUUAAAGACCAAAGGCUGGGGGGAAGAGCAAAAUCACGGAGUCAAAACAACUCAGUUUGUUCCAAAACAAUAUAGACUUGUUGAAACAAGGGGACCUCUAUGUUCAUUGAGAAGUGAAAAGAGGUGUUCAAAGGGGAAAAUUACUGAUACAGAGAAGAUGGUCGGAAUCAGAUUUGAAAAUGAAAGUAGGAGGGGAUACCAACUGGAGCCUGACCUAUCAGAAGAGGUGUCGGCCCGACUCCGCCUGGGCAGUGGAAGCAAUGGCUUACUCAGGAGGAAAGUGUCAACAAUUGAGACAAAGGAAAAGAAUUGCUCAGGCAAAGAGAGGGACAGAAGAACGGACGAUCUCCUUGAACUUACAGAGGACAUGGAAAAGGAAAUCAGUAAUGCCCUAGGCCAUGGCCCACAGGAUGAAAUCCUAAGUAGUGCUUUCAAAUUGCGAAUUACGCGAGGAGAUAUUCAGACAUUAAAGAACUAUCACUGGCUCAAUGAUGAAGUCAUUAAUUUUUACAUGAAUCUUCUGGUGGAAAGAAAUAAAAAGCAAGGCUAUCCAGCACUUCAUGUAUUCAGUACUUUCUUCUAUCCUAAAUUAAAGUCUGGGGGUUACCAAGCAGUGAAACGAUGGACCAAAGGGGUAAAUCUCUUUGAACAAGAAAUUAUUCUGGUGCCUAUUCAUCGGAAGGUACAUUGGAGCCUGGUGGUGAUUGACCUAAGAAAAAAGUGUCUUAAAUAUCUGGAUUCUAUGGGACAAAAGGGCCACAGGAUCUGUGAGAUUCUCCUUCAGUAUUUACAGGAUGAAAGUAAGACCAAAAGAAAUAUUGAUCUGAAUCUUUUAGAGUGGACCCAUCACAGCAUGAAACCACAUGAGAUUCCUCAACAGCUGAAUGGGAGUGAUUGUGGAAUGUUUACUUGUAAAUAUGCAGAUUAUAUUUCUAGGGACAAACCUAUCACAUUUACUCAGCACCAGAUGCCUCUCUUCCGGAAGAAGAUGGUGUGGGAAAUCCUUCAUCAGCAGUUGCUGUGAGAAAACUUUGCCUGGUCCCUCUAGCUGCUGGUGGUUCUUUCACAGACAUUUCCAUAUACCUCAUGCAUUGUGGGUUAAAAAGUCCCUGCAUCACUUCUGUUCUCACAGGUACUGAGCUGUCAAAAGUGCAUGAAGGCCUCUCACUGUACUCUAGUCCUGACUUGGGGUGCAGAGGGCUGCUUGCAAUCCUGUUUGUAAGGCUGUGCCUGCUCAGAGCUUUGGACUGUUCAACCCACACAAGAACAAACGCUAACUAAUAUUUUUUUUAAGAGAUUCUUUUCCCUAUGAAUGUGGGAAAUGCAGGAUUUAUUCUGUGAAUUGUUUGUUUCUGUGUGUUUGUUCAGCGUAUUCAUUCACUCACUCGUUUGCAAACAUAAUGGGCAGUGGUCAUUUACUGCUGCUCUUUUACAGUUAGCUCUAAAUUACUUGUUUGAACUAUUUAUUUCUGAAAGGAAUGUUACUCAAGCUGCCACUCCCUGCUGAAGAGCAGGAGGGAACUCUCACUGGGGGCAGAAGGAAGUGGAGCUGCAGCAGUAACUGCCAACAUGAAGCUGGAGGGUUUGGGAUUUUUUUUGUUUUUGUUUUUUUGAGGCUCAAAAAAUGCUGGGAGAAAUGAAAAUGCUGUGGGAUAGGGCUCCUGUUGCCUUUCAGAGGAAGUCUGACACUACAGCGUUGGCACAGUGCCGUGAACAGUGGAACUGUGCCCAAGGGACUCUCACUAUCCAAGCAUCUUCCGAAAAGUGUUGUGGUCACCUUAAAGAGACUUUUCCCUUUCUGGAAAUGCGGUGACUUGGCUUAGUCUUCAAACUGGAUUCAUGGAUUUGAAGUAACUGUAAACCCUAAAUCUUCAUUUUCAUCCCAGAUCUGGUUGAGUAUAAACCUCAGAAUUGUAGGGGCUGGCCUGAGCUGUUUAUUUCAAAAGAUACUAUUCAAUUUAAAGCUAUUUUUCCUCAGAGUUUUUGUUUUCUAUAUAUUAAGUCUAAAUUAAGUUUUCUACUCAUUAAGACUAACAUCUCCCCACUCCAUCCCCACUGAAAUUUGUGGAAGAAAAUUUAGUACUUGGCUCUGAGGUUGCCAGUUAUACAAUAAUCUAUUUUGCAUAUGAAAGUUUGUAUUUAACUUUUUUGUUCAUUAAAAACCUUACUGAUGUGGUUAUAACUUCAGACAGUUUAGAGUUGGUCAGAACAUAUUUUGCAAGAUCUAGUGCCUAGUGUUGCUUUUCUGAUGUAAUAAAAGGUGGUCUGGCAGAACCUAAAAAA